GUCCUGACCCCCAGGUUGAGAAACACUGCUUUAAGUGAAGGUAGACUUCAUUGAGUAGGCCUUUUUGCAGCCACCCUCUUGACUCCAGGGAAGGCAAGGUCAGCUGUUCCGAGUGACCUCUUUGGGGGGCGCCCCGCCCCUUGGCCUCCUACUUAAGCGCCCCUUCCUCCAGGGCUGGGCUGGCUCUUCCACGAUGGCUGCUGCUGCUGCUGCUUUGAUGGGGGAAGCCAUGGAGAGUUACGCCUACCCUUCCUACAACCCUUACUCCUACCACCGCUACCCGCCCCCGAAAGGCAAAGGGGGGCCGGGGUCCUGGAGGCAACGAGGAGGAGGAGGAGUGGGAAGCGGCGGCGGAGGAGGCGGGGGCUACUUCUCGGGCUACAGCGAGGCCUCGGUGGCGGAGUACUUGGAGCAGUACCAGCGGGCGCAGCUGAAAGCCUUGCUGUCGCAGGUGAACCCGCACCUGACGCCGCGCCUGCGCAGAGCCAACACCAAGGAGGUGGGCGUCCAGGUGAACCCGCGCCAGGACGCCUCGGUGCAGUGCUCGCUCGGCCCGCGACCCCUCCUCCUCCUUCGGCAGAGGCAGCGCCAGCGCGCCGAACCAGGAGCCGCCCGGGCUGUGCGCUUCCCCCGCACCGUCGCCGUCUACUCGCCCGUGGCCUCGCGCCGCCUCACCGCCUUCGUCGAGGAGGAGGAGGAGGAAGAAGAAAAAGGAGGAGCCGGAGAAGGGGGCAAGAAGGACUUGGAGAAGCCCGAAGGAGAGACCCAGGAAGGGGAAGGGAAGCAGGAGGAGGAGGAGAAGCCCGGGAAAGAGGAGGAGGAGCAGGCGGAAGGGAAAGCCGAGGCGGCCCCGUCGGAGGAAGCCGCGCAGAGCAAGACACGGGUGCGCUUCCAGUUCCUAGAGCAGAAGUAUGGCUAUUACCACUGCAAGGACUGCAACAUCCGCUGGGAAAGUGCCUACGUGUGGUGUGUGCAAGGCACAAACAAGGUUUACUUUCGGCAGUUCUGUCGAACUUGUCAGAAAUCCUACAAUCCUUACCGCGUGGAGGAUAUUACCUGCCAAAGCUGCAAGCAGACGAGGUGUACCUGUCCUGUGAAACUGCGCCAUGUGGAUCCGAAGAGACCCCACCGCCAGGACCUUUGUGGAAGAUGCAAAGGCAAACGUCUCUCGUGCGAUAGUACAUUUAGUUUCAAAUACAUUAUUUGAGCAAUAGCAAAAUCUUUUUUGUUUCGGCAGAAAGUUGGAAUAGAAGAUAUUUUCUUUGGAAGCAGCAGGCUGCAGCAAUGGAAAGCCUGCCAGUGGGCCUAUGGUAAAGCAAAGUCACAAGGCAACCUAGUGUCUACUUUAUUUGUUAUGACCGCCUUAAAAGGAGGGAAUCUGCUUGGCAUUCUGUGACAAAACUCGAUUUUAUUUUGGUAUGGAAUGAACCAAUUGGGAAGCAAGUUGAGGAGGCUUUUUUGGGGCUGGGGGCAAAAAGAAGUCUUCCUUAAAGUCACCCUCACAACCAAAAAUGGGACAGAUUUUGUUUCUAACGAAGCGUUUUGCUUCUUAGGAAAAGCUGCUGCAUUGAAACUAGUGCACCCUGUGGGAUCCAAAAGUGGAGGAUAGAACUAUACACUCAAACUUCACAGUGUUCUAUGGCAGGCAAGUGAAAUGAAGGCAGUGGUUGUAUCAAAAUAUUAAGAUCCGAGGUCUAUCAUGCGCCUGAUACAGAAACAAGGAAGGAGGCACACGUGGCCUGAUCCCAGAAGCUGUAUGGCAGAGCCAUAAUGCCUUCUAAAGACUGUAGUGUAUACUACUAAAGUAUUGGAUAGAAUGGGACAAUUGAUCCAGGAUCCAAGUUGUAUGCACAAACUUGGGUGUUAUCUUGAAAGCAUGCUUAGAGAAUUUUUUUUGGUAAGUGUUAAGGUGAAUCUUACUGCUGAACAUCAGUUUUGAGUUGUCGAAAUUUCUUUUGUCUUGAGGCCAAGAAGGAGAAUGUCAUGUGCCUUAAUAUACUUUGUCCAUUAUGGAAUAAAUAGCUUUAUGUAUAAAUAGUAAAGUGAGUGCGCUCAUUCCUUUUAUCUUGCACCUGAUUCAUAUCAGU